GCCGCGCCUGCGCGCUGCGGCGCUUCCGUCGCGGCCCGAGGGCGAGCGGAGGCGGGAGCCGGGCCCAGCCGCGCCGAGCCCAGCCGAGCCGCCGCCGCACCCACGACGCCAUGGCCAGCUCCCCCGUGUCCCGCGUGGUCUACAACGGCAAGCGGAGCGGCGGCCCGCGUUCCCCCGGCGCCGGCAGCGAGAUCUUCACCCCGGCCCACGAGGAGAACGUGCGCUUCAUCUACGAGGCCUGGCAGUGUGUGGAGCGUGACCUGCGCAGCCAGAUGGGCUCCGAGCGCGGCCUGGUCGAGGAGUACGUGGAGAAGAUGCCGAACCCUAGCCUCAAAGCGUUUAAACCUGUCGACCUGGGUGAUCUGAAGAGGAGGAAUACACAGGAUGCAAAGAAGUCCUAAGGCGAGUCCUCCCUGUGGAUCGGCUGGUCUCCUAAGGUCCUCAAGCAGAUUUAAUUUGAGAUUUUGUGUUGAUUUCCUCCUCUGGUCUGUACUCCCAAAAGCCCGCGGGAGAGCCAGUCAGCUUUGGGGCUGGCUCUGAAGCUACCUGAAAUCAAAGAUGCUCAGGGCCUCACCGAGGAUGCCCAGAGCCUGUUGCAAAGGAUUCCAGUCCCCCCAACUCAUAGCUUUCUCUGGCCUCAAGCUGUACUUCCCCACUUCAUACUGGGCUCACAGACCUCCCGUUCUCCUUUCAUCUCUGCCCCUGGUGUUGAGUAGGUGGGCUCCCUGGGCUCUGGUGUGCGGCAGGGCAGAGCAGAGUGGCUGUGUUGUCGGUAGAGGCAGCGCUAGUUCUCCGCUCCCUCCUGAGCGCGCAGGAUCCACGGUGGGCCAGGGGGAGAAGGAAGGAGAGCUGGUUCUGUCCUUGUGCCUCAGGACAGGCAGGCAGCCGCACUUCAACACCCUUUGUGCAGCUGACUGCUGGGCAGGUGGCACUCUGGCUGUUCCUUGCUCCCUGGUGGGAGGGCUUAACUUGCACCUGGGCUGCUAGUGCCUGGGACUCCUCAGAGCUGCCAGAGCUUGUGGGUCAUAUCCGAGGCCAAUUUUCCUUGUGCUUAGAUUGGGCCAGGUCCCUGUGGUGCUGUGGGUGGAGCUGCUCCUCUCUCCCCACAGAUGGAGAGAGAUGGAGCAUCAGCGCUGGCCCCAGCCCCAAGCGCCCGAGAGGUGCUCAGAGGCGGGUGUUGGGCUGCGUUCAGCCCCCUUGGCCUCGGUGCGCUGGCAGCUCCACGGGUGGUAACAGCAGUGGGGGGUGGAUGGUGCUGACUGUGCGGAAAGGAGCUCGUUGGCGUCUUUGCCUGAGCAGCGCCGCGCUGUUUUAUACUAACACCAUUUUCCAGACAUGCACCCUUGGAAGAGAUCUGGCCUCCACAGCUGGCAGAAAUGUCACUGUGUGGCGGCUGCUGUAGUUGGUAUAACUUGUCCCGGGGGGCUCUUUCUUGGGACCCCCGCCCCUCACAAGGCUUGGGUGGUUUCUGCAUCAUCAUCUCUGAGCGAGGGAGAGCGACUGUGCCAUCCUCACCCAUCUGAGCAGAGCAGCCACGCCGGCCGUGUCUGUGCCCCCAGCAGACCCUGGGGAGCGGUGGGAGCAGCCCCCUGCCCGCUGUGCUGCGAGCCAGCGGGCAGGGGGCUGCCAGGGGGCUUGGGAGCGGUGUGGGGGGAGCUGGGCCUGCCAUUACCUUUCCUUUGUUGAGUCGGUGAGCUAUGCUGUCCCCUUUUCUUUUUUUUUUUUUUUUUUCUGUUGUCUGUCACUUGAGGAGUAUUGUAAAUAAAAGCUGGUGUCCUUUUG